AGCGUAGUUACACUCCAAUUCUCAUGGUGGCGAUAAUGCCCAAAUAGCUGCCAUCUGCUUAGUCAGAAAACCCACCCGAAGAAACGCUUUCUUUCACGGCGCCAGGUUUUUGAAACGCUUGGAAAAGUUGGACCAGACAGGUGUGGUAGCUUGCGUUGCUAGAGACAACGUAGCCCACUUAUUGUCACGAUUUACAAUAGAUGUUGCCUUUGAUAGCAGCUGGAAACAUCCGCCGUGGGACACUGUUCCAGGAAGGACCAAAGUCCAAAGUCUUUGAAGUCCCCUGCUGGGUUUCUGUCACGUGCAUUAUCAGGACAUGGAAUCGACCGUGCUGAACCUGCACAACCAUUUCCAGAAUCUUUGUGCAGGCUCCGAUAUUCUCAAUGAGGGCCUCGAACCACGAUUGGGACUCUUCUGUGAUGAGGACAGUGCGACUGAGAAAACUGCAGAAAAGGCGUUCCUCCAGAACCCUUGCUGAGCCUCCACAGCAGGUGGUGAAGAAACCCCGCUCCACUGGCCGUACUUCCGAGAGGUUGAACGAGUCCAUAGUGACCAAGACCACCAUCACAGUGCCUGUCAAUGGAGGUCCGGUAGAGGCCUUGUCCACCAUGGAGACAGUGCCUGGCUACUGGACAGGCAGCCGGAAGAGGACCAGUGAGACGACACUACUGCUCAGGGCUGGGACACCACUUCUAUUGACCAAUCAGAGGCAGCUAGCGAGGCUUCCAGCACCCCAUGCAGUAAGGCUCCGCCCCCAACCAAAACACCCAGAGCCAAAGUGGGGGCCCGAAAGCACGAGUUCCUUGCCAAAACGGUCAGAGUUCUGUGUGCCGUGUGGAAGGAAGACCAAGUUUGGGAAGCUCUACCUGAGGUGCCAGGACUGCAGGCUGGUGGCUCACCCAGAAUGCCGCGACCACUGCACCCUGCCGUGUAACCCUAUCUCUACAGGCAGCACCCCCAUCAGGACCAGAGAGCCAAGCACCCUUGCAGACUACGCUCCCUCCUCCUCUCCCAUGAUCCCUGCCCUGGUGGUCCACUGUGUCAAGGAGAUUGAGCACAGGGGUUUACACGAGAUGGGUCUGUACCGUGUGUCGGGCGAGGGGCGCACAGUGAAGGAGCUGAAGAAGAGCUUCCUGCGGGGGAGGACAGUGCCUGUCCUGGCCAAGGUGGAGGACAUCCACUGUGUCACGGGCCUCCUCAAGAACUUCCUGAGAAACCUCCCGGAGCCUCUCCUCACCUUCCGCCUCAACCGUGACUUCAUGGAGGCUGCAGAAAUCCAGGACAAUGACAAUAGCCUGUCGAUGAUCUACCAGACCAUCAGUGAACUGCCCCAUCCUAACAGAGACACUCUGGCCUAUCUGUCCAUCUACCUGCAGAGGGUGGCCCAGUGUGUACUAGACACCAAGAUGGACAUCACCAAUCUGGCAAGAGUGUUUGGACCCACUCUGGUGGGUCAUGCCGUCCCAGACCCAGACCCCAUGACCAUCCUGCACGACACCGACAACCACGGGUGAUGGAGUGCUUGUUGGACCUUCCUUAUGAGUACUGGAGCCAGUUCACAGUGGAGCAGCACACCCAUCCAGACGAUGUGGUCAAAGACGAUGCUAACUGCUACAACACUCCAGACCACAAAGUGAGCAUGCUGGGACCAGUGACCACUCCAGAACACCAGAUGACUAAAACACCCUCCCUGUCCCAGCGCAUGAAACAGACUUUCUCCAGCACCACCAUCGACCACCACAGAACAUCAACAGCGUUUAUCGCGCGUGACCAAUAGGGCCUGAACUAUAUCAUUAUCGCAUCAAUAAAUUGCCUAUAACAAACUCUGAACACGUAGCACAUGUGACAGCAAAAUGGAUGCAGAGGACGUGACAAAAAAAAUCUAAACUGGUCAAUGUUUACUGCUUUCUCGGGAGGUAAAGGGGAAGUCAGAUGUGUGGAAUGAAUUUGACUAGUUGUGGGAAAUACUGGAGGUCAAGAAAAAUAAGUUAAGUAGCAAGCGCUGAGUGCGUAUUAUGUGUGCCGAACAGGUUCUGUAUAGAUUACAGUAUAUUUUUCUGACCAUUUGUAACAAUGAAUGCAAUUACCGAAAUGGAACUUUAUUUAUUUAUUGUUUACGCUAAUUAUUCUUGGGUCGCUUAUUUUAACUAAAAUGCUUGAUUGCAUUUCAAAUCAUGAAUGUCUCGUAUGCUGUGUGAUGACAUGAACAAAUAAAUUAUUGAUUGAUACAGUAGCCUAUAUUAGUAUUGAAAUAUAGGCCUCAGGAAGUUAUGGUAUUAAGACUCCACAGGAUGGGUUCUUAGGCCUACAGCUCGAAGGUGGUUAUACAAGGCUGCUAUACUAAGCCUACUAAUGAUAAUGACAUUACUUAUUAUUAGAAUGAUGAUCAUAAUAAUAACUAUAAGAAGGAAUUUGGAACAGCGUAAACGGCACUAAAUCAAUUCUAAACGAUACCAGAGAGGCUGUUUUAAUUGAAAAAAAUAUCAUUUAAGCCAUUACAGCAUAGCAAAGAUCAAAACCAGUUUAAUUUGGGAAAUUGUGUACAUAACAUGUUGUGUGAGGCUUGGCGCUCACGGAUUUACUAGGCUAUUAAACCAACAUUCAGAUCCUGCUUUUGUUGCCUGUUUGUCUUAUUUCUGUAGAUAUAUUGAUGAUCUAUUAAACCAGGCACAUGUAAGUUAGGCUAUUGAUUAUAGAUCGAAUUAAGUUGGUUUCCUCUCUUCACAUUUCUUAGACAAUUAAGACGGGCUGUUUUCUCAUCUCCUAACCCCGCUGCUGCCUCCACCACAUUGUUCUCAACACAGAUAUGCUGGUUAACUUUGCUAUUAUGCACAUGGCAACAUGGUCUAGGAAAAUGCACUGAUGUUUCAGAACAAGAAAAAUAGAAAGCACAUUUGUUAUAAAAUAUUUUUAUUAGUGUUGCACUGUUGUUCUUAUGUAAUUUGACCAUAUACAUUUUCAGCGGCACAUAGAGUGAUGGACUGUGUCAUCCCCACAGCCUCCACAAUGGAUUAGUCCACUCAGACAGGCGCGAAUCAGGCAGAUUUGGAAGCAAGAGCAAGGCAUCCACUAGCUCAAGUCGCCAAGAAGGCUUCUUUGCCUCCCCUCAGCUGAAGUAAUGGUCAAACCACGGUAUUAUGGUGUAACAUUUUAAACUAUUUUUCUAAAGAACCAAUAAUGAGGUUAUGUGGUCAAGGAACAAAACUGUUAAUUUUUACAUAGCCACUGUACAUGGGAAACCACUGCAAUGUCACCAUGUCUUUUUACUAUUUUAUAUCAAACCUAUUUUUUGUGCAAUAUUAGAUUGUGCUUUAAACACGGUCAUUCUUGUUAACAUAUCUACUACUGUAAUAUGGGAAGCUACUGCUGUAUAUUUUAUACCAAUUUAUAUUACAAACUUAUUUUAAACUCUAUUUUCUAACGAACUAUGCAAUAUUUAAUUUAGCUUUAAACACUAAUGACUUGAAAUAGCUUUAUUUAACGUUAAACUAAAAUCACUAUUACACAAAUCACUUAAUCCUUUUUAUGUUGAUAUUUUAGGCUAUGAGGUUUGAAUCUCUAUUUAAUGGGAUACCUUUGUAUUUACGAUAAUUAAUCAGUAUGAUCUGAUCCGUCUAAUCAUGGGAGAAAGAGUAACUGUUAGCCAGUGUGAAGUUGCUGCUACAUCAAACCAAGGACCUUUGGUGAUCUGACAUGGGCUCAAAUACUUUUUUCAAAUCUUUAAGUACUGUUAUCAUUUACUUUAGCCUGCCUGGAAUGCCAAAUGGACAGGAUUUGCAGUUUUGCCACUAUUCUAUUAGUUCCAUUGUGCCAGGCAAGCUCAAUCAAGCCUAGCUAAAGUAUUUGAAACCAGGUCUGGUAUUGACCAGUAUACAUUACAGUACAUAGUGUUGUGUAAUGCAUAAGUUGAUUAGGUCUAUAAAUGAUGCAUUGGUAGUGGUCCUCUUUUAUUCUGUGAUUGUAAUCACGGAGUUGGAGGGACACUAGCAUUGGAUUGGAACAGAAAAAAAAACCAUUUGCACAGUCCUGUUAAUGUGAUCUGUAUUUUGGAA